AACUCCCUCACCGUUCCACAUCCUGCUAGAAAAAUGUCCAAACUCACGUUUAUGGGGAAAGAAUAUGAAGUUCAGGAAUUGAAUUCGGAGUUGGUGGGCUUAGCCGCGGAACUUGCGAAGAACGCAAAGAUUCAAGAUCCUCCACCUGCAAAUGAGGACUUGACUCCUGAGGACGAUAAAAAAGUCCAAGAACAAAUAAACGCGAUUACCAAAAUUGGCUUCCCUCGCGUCAUGACAAACGCGUGGUGGAACGCUUUCAUCGCACAACAUUUGCCCGCACUCGUAUCUGCUCUCAAAAACGCAUCCCGAGAAACACAGAAACUUUACGUUUCCAUGCUCAUAGAGAUCCUCUCACUUUUCCCCGAUCCCAAAGAAUCAUCUUACUUUCGUCGAUUUCUUACGAAUUCUGAGCUCUGUAUCGGUCUGCCAACUCUAAUCGCGCGUCACUUCGUUGAAGGUAUCGAGUGGAAGCGGCCCAGCGGUCCAGGUCACAUAUGUACACUCAUCAUCCACACAGUGCAUUGGUGCGACCCCUCCCUUGGUGACGACGGGAAGUGCUCGAUUGAUGCGGAUAUUCGUGCUCGACUUUGCGACAAAACAAAAACGCUCAUUGAUCAGUUGAAAGGAAGGCUCGAGCAGAUGCAGUUGAUAGAAAUCGAGAGAUUGAAUGGUCUUCUUGGGUUUCUCGAUAGCCUACCGGGAGGCCAGUAUGUGCGUUCCACGAGGGAUUACCUAGAAGGACAGGUGGACAUGUGUGAAAGAUGGGAGUGUGGAGAAGAUGAGGCCCCUCUAAGGUGUUCCAAGUGCAGGAGUGCUCGUUAUUGUGGUAAAAAGUGUCAAAACUGGCACUGGAAGAACGGCCACAAGUUGAACUGUUUUGAGUCGACUUUUUAAGUAGUGGAUAUGCAGACUCGUGGCUUGAAGAUCUUUAUGUUUUUUGAAAUAUUGUAUUAUAUCUACCCACCA